GAGUUCGGAUCUUUGGCAUCUCUCCAGGCGCCACGUUCACGUACUCAUAGUUCUCUUGAUUCUCACGUGUCAGUUUGUUACAUCUUUUUCUCUUCCCUCUGUUCGUCGACCGCCCUCUCAUCAAUUACUCGAUCCCUUCAACUUUUCAUUCCCCCUGAAAAUAUAUACUACGAUUAAUAAAUACGGAAAAGAUCAAGAACGGGCAAUGGCGGACCGUUGCUUCCCAAAUGUGAUGCCGGAUUUUGUACCCGAAAGUCCGAAAAUAAGCGAUGAAGAAGCCAAAGAAAAACAUGAGGGAGAUGAAAUUCUACCGCAAGGCACUCAGGAUUCACUGUUGAAGCUCCUCUCUCUGCCUCACUCCGCUCUCUCUCAGAAGCUCCAACGGGCGGCCCUCGACCUCAAAGAAACUAUUGUGGUGGAGACGUGGGGGGCUACAGGGCAACGUGUGGAAGAUUUUACUCUAUAUACCGGUACACUGGGCACUGCUUUCAUACUCUUUAAAUCUUUUCAAGUGGCGGGCAACAAGAAUGAUUUGAGCCUUUGCUUGGAGAUUGUUAAGGCCUGUGACUCAUCUUCUGCUUCAUCCAGGGAUGUGACUUUUAUAUGUGGGAGAGCUGGGGUAUGUGCACUGGGAGCUGUGGUUGCAAAGUAUAUCGGUGAUGAUAAUUUGCUUCAGCAUUAUUUGGCCCAAUUUAAAGAGAUAAGGCUGUCAAAGGAUCAUCCGGAUGAGUUAUUAUAUGGUAGAGCUGGAUACCUGUGGACUUGUUUAUUUCUGAACAAGCAUCUGGGGAAGGAGACAAUUCCCUCAACCUCCACGGGUGCUAUUGUGAGAGAAGUUAUUUCUAAAGGAAGAAAACUAGGUGAAGCCGGAGGAAGCCCCUUGAUGUUUGAAUGGUAUGGUGAGAGGUACUGGGGUGCAGCCCAUGGGUUGGCUGGAAUUUCCCAUGUUCUGAUGGAGUUUGAACUGACAUCAGACGAGCGUGAAGAUGUCAAGGGAACUCUUAGAUACAUGAUGAAAAAUCGUUUCCCCAGCGGGAAUUACCCUGCGAGUGAAGAAGAUAAGAAAAGAGAUGUUCUUGUGCACUGGUGUCAUGGUGCUCCUGGAAUUGCCCUCACACUCAUCAAAGCUGCUGAGGUAUUUGGAGAUAAAGAGUUUCUAGAAGCUGCUAUGGAUGCGGCAGAGGUAGUUUGGAACCGUGGACUUCUGAAACGAGUCGGGAUUUGUCAUGGCAUCAGUGGAAAUGCCUACGUCUUCCUCUCUCUUUAUCGACUAACUGGCAUCGUCGAGUAUUUAUAUAGAGCAAAGGCUUUUGCAUGCUUUUUGCUUGAUAGAGCUCACAUGCUUAUGUCAACAGGAGACCUGCAUGGAGGAGAUAACCCUUCUUCCCUGUUUGAAGGCAUUGGGGGAAUGGCACAUCUUUUUCUUGACAUGGUUCAACCGAAGAACGCUAGAUUUCCUGCUUAUGAACUCUAAUCUAUGCAUAGACAUGUAAAAUUUGUAAAGAUGUCUCUUUCGUUUAGGUUCUGGGUGUAUUUAAGUACAAUUACUUUGAAAAUCUGAUAUCUCUUGUGUUUUCGCGAC